AUGACUGGAGAAAAUGAACAAUGUCGUCAAGCACAAGGUUGUACAAUAACAUCAAAAAAAGAUACUAAACAAACAAUGAAAGCUGUUGCAUGGUAUGGUAAUAAAGAUAUCCGUAUGAUUGAUCAUCCACGUCCAUUAGUUACUGAUCCUCAUGAUGUUAUUCUUAAAGUAACAUCAACAGCAAUCUGUGGAUCUGAUUUACAUAUAUAUCUUGGUUGUGUACCAGGCAUGGAGAAAGGUGAUAUAUUAGGUCAUGAAUUUAUGGGUAUUGUUGAAGAUAUGGGAAGUGAAGUAAAACAUCUUAAAAAAGGUGAUCGAGUUGUAACAGCUUUUGAUAUUGGUUGUCAUAAAUGUGAUUUUUGUACUGGUAAACAAAAACUUUAUUCAAGUUGUGAUAAUACAAAUGAUUCAAAACAACAAGAACAAUUAUAUGGUCAUCGUACAGCUGGUAUGUUUGGUUAUUCACAUGUCACAGGUGGAUGGGAUGGUGGUCAAGCACAAUAUGUUCGUGUACCAUUUGCUGAUACAAAUACAUUGAAAGUACCAGCUGGUUUAUCCGAUGAAAAAGCUUUAUUUCUUUCGGAUAUAUUACCAACUGGUUGGCAUGCAACUGAAUUAGGUGAAGUAGAAGCUGGUCAAACAGUUGCUAUUUGGGGUUGUGGUCCAGUUGGAAUGCUUGCAGCACUUUCAGCUCAAUAUAAAAAGGCAUCACGUGUUAUUCUUAUUGAUAACGUACAAUAUCGUCUUGAUUAUGCUAAGAAACAUUUACCAGGUGUUGAAACAAUUAAUUUCUCAACACGUUCAACACUUGAACAACUUAAAGAAUUAUUACCAAAUGGUCCAGAUGUAGGUAUUGAAGCUGUCGGUUGUCAUUAUGCUAAAUCAACAUCUCACAAAACUCAAAUGCUUAUUGGUCUUGAAACAGAUCCAUCAGAUAUUUUAAAUGAAAUGAUUAUGGCCGUCCGUAAAGGUGGUAUGAUUUCAGUUAUUGGUAUUUAUGUUGGUACAACCAAUGGUUUCAAUAUUGGUGCAUUUAUGGAAAAAGGUAUGCGAAUGGCUGCUGGACAAACACCAUGUCAACGUUAUUGGCCAACAUUAUUACCAUUAAUCGAAAAAGGUGAACUUGAUCCAAGUUUCGUUAUUACACAUACUGUUCCAUUAGAUAAAGCACCAGAUAUGUACAAAAUGUUCAAUGAUAAAAUGGAUAAUUGUGUUAAAGUUGUUCUUAAACCUUAA